AAGUCCCGGCUAGCGCGUAGGAGUUCACGUCCCUGAGUGCGCGAGAGAGACGGGCCGUCGGCAUGGGAGGGAGCGAGACAUCGAUAGGACGCUAGCUACUACACUCGCCACGGUGCUGGCUGCUACGGUGGUAGUGAAUGGAACGCGGUGUGCCGCACGUCCUCGCGUAGUACAACGCUCCGAACGCUCCGCGGGUGCCGCGCCACCAAUGGCCAGCGAGUACGGGCGGUCACGUGACGCGCGUGCCGAGCCAGCAGCAGAACAUUGCAAAUGACAAGACGCGUAGGGCAUUGUCGUCGUGCCGUCGCUGCUGCCGUCGCCUAUCGCUCGGGAAUACCUCCGGCUCCGGCCGUCGCGCGGAAAAUCAUCCCCUCGGUAGCAGUGCUUAGCGCAGGUGCCUCCACGUCGGGACGUCAGGCGUCCCUGAAGCGGUCCGUAGUCGUAGUCGAUUGCGCGCGCGACUCGUCAGGAGCUCCCGCGCCCUGAGAGAAAGAGCGGCCGCCAGCCAAGGAGGAAGCCGCCAGGUGCGCGUCCGGUUCGGUCCGCGCGUGCGGAUCCGCGAUUCGCUGUCGCCGUCGUCGUCGACGCCGCUGUCGUUCCGUGAAAGUGAAGAGAAGAUGUCGAGCUCGCAGCGUAUGCGAAAAUCCUCGCCAUGCUCGAAGCAGGGCCCGAUGCGCGCCACCCUGCCCGUAAGCUCGCUGAUGAGACAGGGCCGGCAGAGCAGCAGCCUCCGCAAGAGCAACAGCAACAGUCCCACCGUCUCGCCGACGAACGCGGCCGUCUGGCGAGCGCGCAUCUCGCCGGAGACGUCGUCUUCCUCGGGACAGCGGAGCCCCGGAUCCCUGUCCUACAAAGCCAAAUCAAAAACAUUGAGCGGCCGUUGUAGCGAUAGCUUAAGUGGAAGCCAGAGCAUUCGACGGACAGCAUCUCUAGAUACUAUCUAUUUGAAAGGGCAAUGGCCACGUGACUCCUAUUAUAUGCAUUCCAGUCUUCUGGUAGAUAAAUCUACCCAGACGGAAGAAUGUUCCAAUGAGCCAAGAAAAAUGCAUACUCGUCAUCCCACUGAACAAACUGUCACUGAUGAGAAAUUAGAAAAGAAUUACUUCAGGCAUCGAUUACAACGUACAAAUAAGGAAGGUACUAGCAGUAGAGAGCGAACAGCGGCAUUCGGGCUAAUAAUGCCAGGUGGCCCACCACCCGCACUUCCUGGAGAUCAUUCAGUACUUUUGCCCAGUAUUGCUUCACAGACAUCCAUGCACAAUCAAUUUAGCUUGAGUACAAAAGCAAGUCCCAUGAAUAUCCCAGUAAAACCAAUAAGGCCUCCAAUGCGUUCAUCUAUCGAAGGACUCAAUCAAGAAAUAGAAGGACUUGUGCUCAAAAAUACAGCCAAUAACAGUGAUGCAGACCAUCCAGUAGAAGACAAGUAUGCACGAUAUCGCGAGCAAAUCACACCCGAAGGACAUCGCGCCCCUCUAGCAGAUUUAUUGCGGGCUACUCGGAGUGUUAACACACAAACACCGGCUACUGACCUUCCCUCCAGUUCUUAUUCUUCAGGCCCUCCAUCUAGGAAUUCUGAGUCUCCGCUGAUUCCUGGUGUUAUGGAUGCAUCCCGUCCACCUAGCGAUCUCUUACAAGGUGGAAGCCGUGGUUCGACACCUGAACAAGAUAGAGAAGGACGUCUCGGCACUUCUCCUCACAUUAACAGGUUCCUCGCGAGGGAACCGCCCGAUGGCUGUGAGAAAGUCAACCUCAAAUUUGUAGAAGAUGCUGCGAGGCGGCCCAUGAUAGAUUUGAGCAAACUAGACUAUUGCCCAAAGCCGUGCGUUCCAGCAUUCCAGUUGAAACCCAGCUUGGGAUCAGCGUUCCUGCCAUUGCAACAGCCGGCCAGUCCGACAAUGGUCGCCAGUGCAUCACCCUCCGCGCAUACAACACCGACCACACCUCCUCCAAAUCCAUAGUCCCACUCUUUACCUUGCGGUGUUACACUUAUAAGCUCGAUUAGUAUAUAUACAUAUAUAUAUAUUUUUUUUUAACGAUCUUGUGGGUAGAAAGUGAUUUACUUCGAGAUAAAAACAUAUAACGACAAAGAAAAGUUACCGAACAAAAGAAAAAGAACAGUCUGUUCCCAGUGCGCCCCGUGCGAAUAUCGUGCAGGUUUGUGAAUUGUGUAAUUAAAAGGAAGUUGCAAUUGCAUCGAUAAAAAAAGAAGUAUUGGAAGACAUUUGAGCUCCGUUCUAAUGAUUGAAACAAUAAUAAAUACGAGGAACAAUAAUUUGUGAUAACUAAAAGAAAAAAAACAAAAAGAAAAGAAACGACAAAAAGUUUAGAAAUGAACAUUGUGUUCUACAGGGAAAAAAGACUAAUGAAAUUGUGUAUUCUAAAUUUAGUGCUAAAAUGUGCUAAACAACUUUAGUUUUGUAUACACGAAUAAAUAUUCAAGAUGAGAAAAGGUAUUAAAUUUCAUUGUUGGAAUAAACAAAAUUCUACGGAUACAAAGAAGAGAGCACGUGUUCACAAUAUGUAUAUGCAUAUGCAUGCAUAUGUAUAUAUACAUUGCUGCUUGUCUCUGAUGUUUAUUAGAUCUUUAUUGCUUGAAGUAACUCAAUUACAUAGUGACAGAGAUGAAAUCACUUGUUAGAAUUUUGUAUCGUUUUGUAUUAUUACUUUUUUGUAUGCUAAAAAUAUUCUCAAACUAUUAUUGUACAAGGAGCUAAAAAAUAAUGUAUCCCUCUGUGUGUAUGUAUGUGUGCGCGCGCGUGUUUCUUUGUUUUACAGAAGUGGCUUUAUGAGAACGAUUGUUUUCGACGAGCAAUCGAUUGUCGUGAAAAUUUGUUUGGAGCUGCAUAUAAAUACGUUUAUGGAUCUAUUUUUGACAAAUAGAAUUAAGCAACUUCACAUUUUAAAACAUUAUUGAAAUU